AUGACACUGAGCUUUCCUUUGAAGGUGGGUAGAACAAGGGUCACUGCUUUUGCAACACCAGUUGAAGUUGGAACUAUGUUGAGAGCUGUAGCUCAUGCACGUCUAAGGUCCUUGUGGCUUGCAUCAAGAAACCUCUGGUCUCUAGUGUCCACAACUGAGACGUUAGGUGUGCGCACAUGGAAGGCAAUGACACUGAGCUUUCCUUUGAAGGUGGGUAGAACAAGGGUCACUGCUUUUGCAACACCAGUUGAAGUUGGAACUAUGUUGAGAGCUGUAGCUCAUGCACGUCUAAGGUCCUUGUGGCUUGCAUCAAGAAACCUCUGGUCUCUAGUGUAA